AUGGAGAGUCCAGCGCAAGAACAAGCUCAACCCCUGCUUCGAGUAAGCGAUCAGCUGCGAGAUCAAGGAACCGGAAAGCAGCCGAAGACGCUGGCGCAAAAGGCGGCGCGGAAGACCUUCAAGCUAACCGCGUACUUGGCGAACCUCCUUCCCACGGGGACGGUCCUCACGUUCCAAGUCGUGUCCCCGGUCCUGACCCACCAAGGCAAAUGUCCCACCUCCCUGAACCACACCCUAACCCUAGCCCUGCUCGCCCUCUGCGCCGUCUCCUGCUUCUUCCUUUGCUUCACCGACACCGUCCGGGACGAGCGUGGCAAGGUCCGGCACGGGAUUGCAACGUUCAAGGGCCUGUGGGUCCUCGAUGGGUCGGUGCAGCUCUCGUCCGAGGCUGUGGCCGGGUACAGGAUAAGGCUCCUAGACCUGUUGCACGGGGUCAUGUCGAUGCUGGUCUUCGCUUCGAUCGCGCUUUUUGACCCCAACGUGGUCAAGUGCUUCUAUCCCUCCCCGUCGGAGGAGGCCCGGCAGCUGCUUGUGGCGGUGCCGAUCGGGGUAGGGGUGGCGUGUAGCUUGAUUUUCCUCGCGUGCCCAACCAAGCGGCAUGGCAUCGGAUUCCCUCUCUCUCGACAUUGA